CCACCACCAUAAUUCGCGAUCAAAAGAUGCCGGCUCUCUCCGUUUGUCAUUCCGUCUUCUUCCGUCGCUAUAUGAUGUCAUUCGUAUGUAUCUCGCCGCACUCAUGCUAAGUCAUUGUUGAUGACCAGUCUCAGUAUACAUAAUACUUUAACCACAGAUAAAGCCCGGUCAUCAAAUGGUGGAAGGCUCGCACGAUCUUGAAAUUUGGCCCGCACAUCAACCUGAAGCUCGGAACACCAUUCGUGCAAUGCUCAAGGAGGGAACGCACAUUGUGCAUGGUGUACCAGUGUACGACUGAGACGACUAAGAAGGCAGACUCAUGGCACCAGAGGUCUACAUGUCUAAACUGCGGGGUGCGACUGUGAUGCUGACAAUGAACCUAUCUCACAUCACCUUCCAAUCAAAGAAGGAAGAUUUGGUAUCUGCCGACAUUGUCAAAAUGCGCAUAAUAGCUAACCAAUCUACUGCGCCGAGCCCCUUGAAGCAUGGGAAGCUGGCACUGCAUGACA